CAAGCCCAGCUAAUUUUUGUAUUUUUGGUAAAGACAGGGUUUCUCCAUGUUGGCCAGGCUGGUCUCGAACUGCUGAGCUCAGGUGAUCUGCCCGACUCGGCCUCCCACCUCGAGGUGAUCCGACACCUUGGCCCUGUGUCCCACUUUUUUGCUGGUUUCAGAUCCCAGCCUCCUCCUGCGGCCACAGUCGGAAAUGCAGACAAAUUCGCUCCUGGGGCUGGCGAGGCUGGCGAGGGCUUACUCGCUCCGCACACCUUCCCAGUCUCCACCUUUGCGCUCCCAGCCCAGGUGCUGCCGGGUCACAUUUUUCACCGUCAAAUCGCUGUUAACCCGGGUGCCUGCUGCAGAUGGAGCCAAUCCCUGACGGCUUGUGUUGUCUCUGAGGAAACAGCAGCUUUAGGUCUUAGGCAGAAGUCCUUCUCUCCUUGGAGAGACUGGGACAGGGUUUCUUUCCUCCAGUGGCUGGGCCGCCUCCGCAGGCAAUCAGAAGGGUGCUCCAAGGAGGCUGCUGAAGGCUGGACCCACCUUCCAGGACCCAUUUUCUUGAUUUUAAUUUUUUGCUUGGUAGUAAAUUGUGAUAUUUAUACGAUCAUAGCACAAGCAGAACAGUGACCUGCUGGGAUCUCCUGCUUUUCAAGUCCUGCCACCUUUGCAGAGCUAUACUGGGGGUGUUUGGGUUUUGGGUUUUUUCUUUCUUUCUUUUUUUUUUUUUUGUGGAUCUUUUUAAAGAGAUGGAUCUUGCUAUGUUACUCAGGCCACUGUGCCUGGGAGUGCCACAUUUUAAUUCUCUAGGAAGUUAGGGGCAAAACUCCUGCAUUUCAGGGAGGUGACAUGUCCUCAGUCACCUUCCUGGCAGGAAAUUUCCCCAUGAAGGACAAAGUUCUGCCCUUGAUCUGGAUUUUGACAAAGUGAGAAAUUUCCCUUCCACAGAAGAUGGGACUGAGCACGUCCUUGCUCGCCACCCUUGCGCCUGAUAAGACUGGUGGGAUGACUUCCUCUGUUUGGUUUCUCCUACCAUGGGGUCCUAAGGCAUCACAUGCUGGACACUGCCCUUGUCCUCUGACAGCAGCCUGGGGUCUCCAGAAGCUGGGUGGAGUUGACUUAUGAGCACUGAGUGGCCUAUAAGAAGGUGCAGAUGGAGGGUGUCAUCUCCAUCCUCUGAAGGUUUGUGCACCCUAAACAUAACCAAGAGGGAGAGCCUGAGACUGGGACAGAGAAUCAGGGCAGGGUCUAGAAAUCCUUCCCCCAACAUCAGGUCCACCUUAAGGUAUAGGGCCCAUCUUCACCCUCUCACUGUCAUCUAAUAGUUCUGGGCAGGGGGCGGGGGAGCUGGGAGGUGAGUUACCUGAGGCUCGGUAGAGUUCAGGCUGGGUGCCAGGAACACUCACUCCUAGGCCAUCUCUUUGCUGCUUGAGUACGGGAGAAAUCCCCAGGCCUACUGUGUCCCAGAGGGAGGAAACACACACAGCACUUUCCAGGGAGCGGUAUCUUUGUCUCAGGGACUCCAGGCUCUGUCUGGGCCCCACCUGGCACCUGUCCCAAGACUCACUCCUGAGAUGAGAUUAAGUGAGAAGCAGAUGGAGGAUCCAAGCCUCCUCCCUAAGGGACCAAGUGCUCACACCCAGCAGAAACACCUAGAACACCUACCUGCCGGCCUGAGCCAGGGCAAGGAGGUACCAGCCAGGAUGUGGUCUCGAGGGCAAGUCCUCAAUUCAAAUGAGGGAAGGCUGAGGAUUGAGAUGAAGACGCCCAGAGUCUGGCUAAUAAGCUACUGGUUCAGAGUGGGGAUACCAGGUGCUGGCUGAUGCGGUAACUGGAGUAGGGGGCAGGCUGAGCUCGGGGCUCUCCAUGGGCACAGUGAGAGUCUCAUCUGCGCAGUCACAACAGUCUCGAUGGGUGCAGGGGGUCCAGGAGGUCCUAGAAGGUCUAGAUGGGUUGAAAUAAGCCUGGCCAUAAAGGGAGAAAUAUGUUUGGAUUUUAUCUCAUUUAUUUUUAUUUUUUGCUCUUGACUUGAAAACCCUAUACCAGGUCUGGUGAACCCAGAGUAAAGAAAGUCCAGAAGCUGCUGGAAGAGCUGUGGGAGCUUCAGCCUCCCCUCUAUGCCCCUCCCUGUGCCCUGAUGCGAACCUCCACCUCAUCCCUGCAAUGACAAUGUUCACUGCCAGGACCCAUGCCCCAGGGUCUUCCUCUUCAGUCUGAGAGACCACCAUCAGGCAUGGCCCCCACCCCUCCCUUGCUGGCCCACAAUGGAAUCAGCCUCUCUGGUUUCUGGUAAUUUCAUCAGGGCUGCAUCACAUUGCUAAAGCUAGAGAUAACAUCUCCCUGUGGGUAAACCUUCCCUGCCAGAGCCCCCUGAAGCUGGACCCAGGCUGAGAGGAGACUCUGGGAUGUGGGAUGAACUUAGGGGUGUGAGGGUCUACCAGGCAGGAUUAGGUUGGCUGUGAUGCCAGCGCAGAGCUCAGAAAUGCGGCCAUUGGAUACUGGAGACUAAGAGGAGGAGAAGAGGGCAGGAGCUGGUGGGGGGCUUUCGGAGACCCUGGGCUCCUGUCCUGCUGUAAGCCUUGCUGUCUCCUGGUAUGUACAGCCAGGCCCUACAGACACCUCUAGGCCUGGGUGCAAGCAGAGACCCAUCUUUCCCAGGCCCUGGAGGACUGGUCCACCUUAACUGGGCAGCCCGUGGGGCGGGGCACUGGCCGGUGCCCCAGCCCAGGCCUCUGUGCUGCACGCACUGCCAGCCUGCCAUUGGGCCCCUUGCAGUGGGCUGCAGCCCCAAACCAUGGUCCAGGGUACCUUGGAGCCAGACGGUCCCCUCUGGGGCUGGGACUGGGAUGGUGACAAUGACUGGGAUAGUGCUGUGCUGGCCCUCCUGGCGCUGGCUGUGGUGGCUGCCACAGCGCUGGCCUUACACUGGUUUGGCUCCGGGCGCGACCAAGAGGUGGCAGGACCAGUGUCCACAGCCCUCGGGGCUCAACCUCAUCAGGCAGGAAGAGCUGAGCUGGCCCUGCAAGCGAAGUCUAAGGUCAGUGAUGGCAGCGAGGGGCAGAGCCCAGGGCAGGGGAAGCAGGAGCCUCCAGGACGUGGCCAGCAGAGCCCUGUCUCUGCUGCAGCUCCUGGCAGGGGCCUGGCCGCCAUGGCUGCGCUUCCACUCAAGACAGAUGGCGAGGAGGCCCGUAGAGGGGUAGUGAGACAGCAGCGGGGCGGCGCCAUCCCCAUGGCCCCCCGAGAUGAAGGAAAAGAGCCUCCCAGGCCAGGCACUGCCCUCCUGGGCAGGAGCGAAGCAGCGGGGAUGUCAGCCCCCCUCCUUAUCCACUUCACCCCUCCGAGACCUGGAAGCGAAGCGGAGGCGCAGGCGGAGGCAGGUGGUGUCAAGGUGCCCUUUCGCCAGGCCGCGGGCCCUGCGGGGCAACAGGACACCAGCCCCUGGCAGGUGGGCUCGGGGCCCUCCGGCUCGCUGGGGAGAGGCCCGGGCCGGCGACGGCGGAUGGACGCUGGCUUGGGAGACAGAGCCCGCCGCCCCCGGAAACCGGACCAGCUCCGCCUGGGCGCCGCGGGGAGCGUGUGGGACGCGGUGGACGAGGCCGCUACCCUGGACGCCCACUCGCGCGGCCUCCCCAAAGGAUCCCCGCUCGCUCAGGAGCCCGCACCCCGCGCCCCGCAGCCUGGGUCCCAGACAGAGGGCUCUGGCACCAAGGCUGGCGGGAGCGGGGAGGCUCCGGGGGUCGCCGCCCCCGGAAGAGGCUGGCCCUGGGCCAGGAGGGAGGUCCCCGGCACCCGGAGCUCCCGCCCGGCCCCAGGAUCCACGCGCCCCUGGCUGGAGAGUCCGCCUCAAGGACUCUCACUUUCCUCUCAAGGGCCGGGGGCCACAGGGGCCUACGCUGCGGGCGCGGUCGGGGCUCACGGCUCCCGAGACGACAGUCGGGCCACCGACCUGGGGCCCACGGCAGCAGUCCGCCGCAACCGCGCCUCCUCCCCGAGCCGUGAGCCCCGCCCGUGCUCUGCCUCCCCGCCUGCGACUCCCGGCCCCGGGGUCCCGCCUGAAGCCCUGACUCUCCCGACCCCCUCUCCUUCAGAUUCUUUGCCCCUGGGGGUUCCCCGGGGUCCUUCUGUGGGAGAAAAUCUCAGAGCGGCGCCAGCCCCAAGUUUAGCCUCAGCCCAAGUCUUAACUUCAGCUCCAACCUCAGUCCUAGCCCCAGCCCUAGCCUCGUGCCCAACAUCAGCACCACCCCCAGCCCCCACCUCAACCUCAUCCCCCGCCUCAGCCCCAGCCCCAGCUCCAACUUCAGCCCCAGCUACGAUUCCAGCCCCAGCCCCAGCCCCAGCCCCAACUCAAACCCCAGCCUCAAUUCCAGCCCCAGCCCCAGACGCAGCCCUAGUCCCUACCGGCACCGCAGCUCCAGCCCCAGUUCCAACUUCAGCGCCAACCCCAGCCCCCACCUCAGUCCCAACCCCAGCCACAUCCCCUGCCCCAGCUGGCGGGUCACAGGCUGUAUCUCAGGAGAGUGUGGCUCUCCUCAGGCGCUACCAGCAGGGUCAGGUCUCAGCCAGCUGGGGAAACCUUAUUGCCAUGGUGCUUAGAAGCCACCCCUUCCCCAGGCAAGACAGGCCCCAAGGGAGUGUCCCAAGGGCGGUUCCUGGGAGUUCUGUGGAUCCCAGUACUUGCACACACUCUGAGGACAGACAUGGUUCCUCUUCUUCAGUGGGGACGGUGAUGGGGACAGGUACGGGGGCCCUGGUUGAGGCUGGAGAUCAGCCACGGCAAAGAAGCUCCGAGACCAAGGGCGCGCCCAGCCCAGACCCUUCCCCAGGCCUAAGAGGAGAGGGAACCAGGGAGAAGAGUGUAGACUUGCUGCCCCAAGCAGCAACGCCCAGGGACUCCGUACAGCCCCCUGUGCAGAGGCCGUCUGGCCCUGCGGCCUCCCCCUCGGUGAGGCACUCACAGCCGGUGCCCCAGCCACGGAAACGCAGCAGGUGUGAAAUUGCCGGGACCUCAGAGCAGGAAGUCAGGCCAGCUGCCCCAGGGAACCCUCAGGGGGAGGUGCUGGCGGAGGUGGGCAGCCCUGCCGGCCGCAGCGGGGCGCUCACAGAGAAGCAGAAGGAGGCUCGGAAACUCAUGGAGUUUCUGCAGAGGCCCGGGAGUUGGGGGAUGGUGGAAGGGCCCCGGAAGCCCAGGUUACGGGCACUGGCGCCCACCACGGCAGCGGUCCUGAGGCGGCGGCUGGACCUGGGCAGUUGCCUGGACGUGCUGGCCUUCGCCCAGCAGCACGGGGAGCCUGGCCUGGCGCAGGAAACCUACGCGCUAAUGAGCAACAACCUGCUGCGAGUGCUGGGAGACCCGCGCCUCUACCGCCGGCUGAGCGCGGCCGACCGUGAACGCAUCCUCAGUCUGCGGACCCGCCGGGGCCAGGCGGUGCUGGGCGUCGUCGUGCUGCCCAGCCUCUACCAGGGGGGCCGCUCAGGGCUCCCAAGGGGCCCUCGUGGCGAGGAGCCUCCUGUGUCAGCCCCUGUGCCACUGCCUCCACGUACGCACCUGCACGUGUUCAACCCUCAGGAGAACACCUGGCGGCCCCUGACCCAGGUGCCCGAGGAGGCCCCGCUCCGGGGCUGCGGUCUCUGCACCAUGCACAACUACCUGUUUCUGGCGGGGGGCAUCCGUGGCUCCGGUGCCAAGGCCAUCUGCUCCAACGAGGUCUUCUGCUACAACCCUCUGACCAACAUCUGGAGCCAGGUUCGGCCCAUGCAGCAGGCUCGAGCCCAGCUCAAGCUGGUGGCCCUGGACGGGCUGCUCUACGCCAUCGGGGGCGAAUGCCUGUACAGCAUGGAGUGCUACGACCCGCGCACAGACGCCUGGACACCGCGCGCGCCCCUCCCCGCAGGCACCUUCCCUGUGGCCCACGAGGCUGUGGCCUGCCGUGGGGACAUCUACGUCACCGGGGGUCACCUCUUCUACCGCCUGCUCAGGUACAGCCCCACGAAGGAUGCCUGGGACGAGUGCCCAUACAGUGCCAGCCACCGGCGUUCCAGCGACAUCGUUGCGCUGGGGGGCUUCCUGUACCGCUUCGACCUGCUGCGGGGCGUUGGCGCUGCCGUGAUGCGCUACAACACAGUGACCGGCUCCUGGAGCAGGGCUGCCUCCUUGCCCCUGCCCACCCCCACCCCCCUGCGCUGCACCACCCUGGGCAACACCAUUUACUGCCUCAACCCCCAGGUCACGGCCACCUUCACGGUCUCUGGGGGAACUGCCCAGUUCCAGGCCAAGGAGCUGCAGCCCUUUCCCUUGGGGAGCACAGGGGUCCUCAGUCCAUUCAUCCUGACCCUGCCCCCUGAGGACAGGCUGCAGACCUCACUCUGAGUGGCAGGCAGAGAACCAGGGCUGCUUCACUGCUCUCCAGGGAGACACUGUGGGGUGGGUCUGAGAGGCCAGGGCUCAGGGAGGGGGCUGGGAUCAGAACUUCCUGCUCUUGUUUCUGGACGACUUUCCCCUUCUGCUUUAAAGGUUGUCAAUUAUUUUGAAGCCCAGACUUCUUUCUGCCCAUUCCUCCACAUCCAUGCUUUCCUGACUCAAUUCUGUACCUGCUUACAGACCCACUCAGUUUGCUCACACCGCCUCUGUCUUUGGGACUUCCCAUUCCCUAGAGCCAGGGACUGAUACGACCCCACAGACAAUGACUUGGCUCGCUGGAGCUCUGCUGAGCCGAGAGGAGAGGGGUAGAAACCUAUGCUCUGUCAGCAUGACAGGGAGCAAGAAAGUCCCCAGGCAAGUCCCUGGCCUCUGGGAUUUUCUUCCAGUCCAGACCCCGUACGUAGCCACCUGGGUCUGUUUGGCACUGUGGAUUCUCAAGGACCUAGAACCUUUGCCUCUGAAACUGGGUCCACUGGUGCUGCCCUGCUGUCUGCAGCCCCUAUCCAUACUCCCAGCCCACAACAGGCCAGGCCCACUCCAGGCUCACCACCCUCUGUAGCCUUGGGGCUUUCCCAGCCCCUCCAGAAGUUCACCCCACUUCUCACCAACCCCCCAGCUCUAAAUGAAGCCUGAGUGUCACCCUAGUUCUACCCCUUUCAGCUGUGUGGACUUGGAUAAGACAUUCAACUUCCCUUUCUCCUCAUCUGUAAAGUGUGGACAGUGGACAUCUGUCAUCCAGGAGAGUUGUGGGAGAUGAGAUUGCAGCUGUGAACACCUCGCAUGGUGUCCAGGACACACAGCACAAUCCAUGAUGCGUUUUCUCCCCUUACAGACUUUGAAACCCAUGUUAGAGAGGUGAAUAAAUCUGACUGUGGCCCACUCCAACCUCCAGCCUGGGUGUCCCUGACUGGGCCCUCUUUUUUUUUGUUUUGUUUUUUAUUACAUGCUCCGCACCACUGGCACCAAACACAUUUUAAUUCACUGAAAGCA